AUGGACUCGGACGCCAGCCUGGUUUCCAGCCGCCCGUCCUCCCCGGAGCCCGAUGACCUCUUCCUCACGGCCAGGAAUAAAGGCAGCGGCGGGGGCUUCACGGGCGGCACCGUGUCCAGCUCCACGCAGAGCGACUCGCCGCCGGAGCUGAGCGCCGAGCUGCGCAGCGCCAUGAGCGCUGCGGGGGUGGUGGUGGUGGACAAGCUGGGCUUCAAGUCCUCGUCGUCGUCCUCCUCCUCGUCCUCCUCUUCCUCCUCCAAGAAGGACAAGAAGCAGAUGACGGAGCCGGAGCUGCAGCAGCUGCGGCUGAAGAUCAACAGCCGGGAGCGCAAGAGGAUGCACGACCUGAACAUCGCCAUGGACGGGCUGCGGGAGGUGAUGCCCUACGCGCACGGCCCGUCGGUGCGCAAGCUCUCCAAGAUCGCCACGCUCCUCCUGGCGCGCAACUACAUCCUCAUGCUCACCAACUCCCUGGAGGAGAUGAAGCGCCUGGUCAGCGAGAUCUACGGCGGCCACCACGCCGGCUUCCACCCCGCCGCCUGCCCCGGCGGCAUGGGCGCGCACUCGGCGCCUCUGCCCGGCCACCCGGGCCACCCGGCCUCGCACCCCGUGCACCACCCCAUCCUGCCCCCCGCCGCCGUCUCCAGCGCCUCCCUGCCCGGCUCCGGCCUCUCGGCCGUCAGCUCCAUCCGGCCCCCGCACGGGCUCCUCAAAUCGCCCUCGGCCGCCGCCGCCGCCGCCGCCCCGCUGGGCAGCGGCUUCCAGCACUGGGGGGGGAUGCCGUGCCCCUGCAGCAUGUGCCAGGUGUCGGCCCCGCCGCACCACCACGUCUCGGGCAUGGGCGCCGCCAGCCUGCCCAGAUUAGCCACCGACACCAAAUGA